UUAUUCAUGUUUUAUUCAUAGAAGUGGUAGGUUGUAGUAAGAUGUGUUGUAAACAUAGAAUCCAGCGAAACGAAAUUAAUUUUUUCGGAGAGAAAAUACUUUGUUAGUAAUAAAAAAAUAAUAAUUUUAAAUAGUUUUUGAAGUACGUGUACCGUACCUAUAUUGGAUAACUUUUAGAAACAUUUACGAGUUUUAAUAUGGUGCGAUAUAUAGCGAACAUAUUUCUAUUUAGGCUUCUUCUUCCUAUAAUAAUCACGUUAUGUAUACUGUUCCGGCCAACCCUUUUCUCAUCAAUUUAUCUAAUAUUCAUGUUACUUAUACCAUUCGUUUCCUUACCAUCGACGGAUUCAAUGAAAGGAACAACUGGAAUAUUCAUAAAAGUAUUAUUGGGCGUUUCGACGAGUUUAACACUAAUACAAGCAGCCUUUCAAAUAGCCCUGGUUAUAGUAAAACCUUACGGACAAUUUUUAGAUGAGAAUCCGAAGUUAGAAGAAAUCCUCUUUUACAUCGGCUUAGCCAAAUUGAACGGCCUAACCGGAACCUACAUAUUAAUAUGGAUAGGACCGGAAAUAGGCAUGUUUCUAACCUCAUUGGUGUUGUUGUUCGCAUUAAAAAAACUGAAUCCAAUAGAAGAAGUUAUUUUGGAGAGUCAAGCAGGAGUUGUCGACGUCACCGUAAGAGUACCCCAAUCUACGGAUUACGCCCAAUACUUAAUCGCAGUUGGUCGGUAUGCGACGUUGAUACUUCUGUGUUUGGCCGGAGUCGUGAGACCGUCCAUCGAAGGUGGAGUUUAUUAUUCGAUUUUUUUGGGAGCAGCCACUUGGUGGGCUUGUUACAAACAAUUGAAAAGAGGAUUCGCGAUACUACUCAGAUGCAUUAUCCCGCUCGUAAUAUUACACAUGUCCGCUCUGUACGCCGUUAACUUCAAAAUUAUCCAAAAAUAUCUACCAGAAGAUGGCGGAUGUGCGAGGUAUUUCGAUUUGGCGCCUUUCGUUACAACGAUCGAUUCUUCGACCGUUGGUAAUGCGACCAAUUCUUCUUCCUCCGCCGAUUCCACGUUAAUAAUGGACGAAAGGAGUUUCUAUUAUUAUUUCAAUAGAGAUAUUACGUUUUAUAUCUAUCCCGUUAUUCUCUAUUUGUUAUUUUACUUAUUGGUGCUCGAGAGUAAGGAACUCGUGAAACCCGAGCCGAAAAAGAAGAUGAUCGGAUCUUUUUCCGCUACCGAUGGCAUAUCUAGAAAAGUAUCUGCGAGAUUAUCAAAGCAAAAAUUAUUAACCCCGACAGCUGCUCAAAAAUGGCAGAAAGCUUCUCGCAAAGUUCGAAUGGCUUUAAACAAAGAACUCGCUGAACCCACAGAAUCGACCCCCUUACUAAGAGGACCUACAAGGAGAUCGAAACGCGUCCCUGGUAGAUUGAUACAGGAUUCUACUGGAAGUGUCACGGUUACCAACGAAAACGAAGAUAUACCUUUGGACGUAUUCGCUGCGGAUUGUGUUUCAGAGGAAGAAGAGGAAGAGUACGAUUUGACUUUAUUCCACCACAUCAUCUUCGCAUUAGAAACCAUUAUACAGUACGUUGUAAGGUCUUCGUACAUAGCAACCAAUAUUAUCAUGAUGGCUUGGAGUAUAACUUAUUUGAGUUGGAUAACGUUCGUGCUGCUCCUUUGGGCCAACAUCAUCUGGUUGAUACCGAACCAGAGGAAGCGGAUGUUGUCUUCGAGUCCCUUUUUGGUUGUUUAUGCCCUUUUUCUUUUGAUAUCCGCUUAUGUGUAUUCGAUGAGACUCGACGAGGACGAAUUACCAUCGAAAGCGGAAGGAGUCGAUUUGGGGGAAAUAGGUUUCAAGAAACCGGAAGGACUUCCGUGUAUUCCUCUGUUGGUGAAAAGUUUGUAUACCGUGAUGUUUUGGAUAACUUUGAGGCAGUAUAUGCACGAAAAAAUGGAAGAGAAGCAGACGAGCGCCCUAGCGGAUAUGGUGGCUCCUUUACAAGUGACAGUUGGAACGGCGACGGGUGUGAAAAAGGAAUCUGAAACUGAUGGAAGUAAAUUCAUGACAAAAUUCGGACAAUUGAUUAACAAGUUCCUCAUCAAAUUUUGGAUUUGGGUUGUAGCCAUAACUUUAUUCGCCGUUGCCAUAACCGGUGAACGGAUGACUGUUUUUAGGAUAUUAUACAUGACGCUGUUUCUAUUUUUCAUAUUAUCUUUUCAGUUUUCGUUUAGAGUUUGGAGAAAAGUUAUGUUCGGCUUUUGGUUAACCGUCAUUGUAUACUCCAUGAUCAUUUUGGUGCUGGUGUAUACAUACCAGUUUAAACGGUUUCCGGACUAUUGGGCUUGGUAUCUUCACAUUCAAAAGGAUCAACAGCACGAUAUAGGAUUGGAACAAUAUAAAACUAAACAACUUUUCGUAAGACUAGUCACACCGACGUUUUUCGUUAUCGUAACCGUUAUACAAUUACAUUAUUUCCAUCACGAUUUCAUGCAACUAACCGAUCCAAAACGCACUUCCACAUCUCAAACGGAAACCCAACCCCAAGAAAACGAAAGUAUAAACGACAGUUCGGUACAAGGGGGGAGCUUACAUGGACCGAAAAGUAUACGAUACAGACUAGGAGGAUAUAUUAGCGGAAUGGGUUUCGUUGUGCCGGCGGUUCUGAUGACGAAAUGGUUCGAAAAAGCGUUGCAAUUAUUUUUUUACACGAAACAUAUAAUAUUCCUGUUUUUGGAAAUACACAUGUUGAAGAUAGUUUUGUUUUUCACGAUGCUGAUGUGUAUUUACGACAAGUGCGCCAUCUAUUUCGUAAUAGUCGUAUUGGCGACUAUAUCUUUCACGUGCGGUCGAAACGUGCAGAUGUUCACGGCGUAUUUUACUUCGGUUUUCGUAUCGGUUCUAAUAUUGGGUCGCAUGAUAUAUCAGAUAUCGUAUAUAAACGAUAAGAAAUGGAACGUUUCGUGUCGAGUUAAGAAAAAUCCGAAUUUGAACGAGACGAUAGUGAACAACGGACCGUGGUUGGGUUUCGGUAAAUUAUCGGAGAUAGAUCAGAAUUUGCCGGGUUUGGUUUUGUGGAAUAUAAUGUUUAUAGUCGUUAUGUGUUUAUGGAAGGUGAUCGAGGUACGUCAGUUUAAUUAUAGAUUGUCGAGAGGUCGUUCGACGGAAAAACGUUUUUUUAUGUUUCCGAGGAUAACUAGGGACGACGCCGAUAAAAAUUUGGUACAUUUCGCUAAAUAUAUGGCCAAUUAUGGUUUUUACAAAUUUGGCGUCGAGAUAUCUUUCAUAUUCAUAGCAACCCUAAUAGCGGUCAGAAUGGAUUUAUACGCUUUAAUGCACUGUAUAUGGUUGUUAAUUAUGUUUUCCCUACCGAGAAACACCUUAUCCCGUAUUUGGGUGGUUUACCUAAUUUUCAUAGCCAUUUCGAUCCCGUUCCAAUAUUUCCAAGCAGUCGGAUUACCACCAAGCUUAUGUAUAGAAUUCCCUUGGGACGCCGCCGAUCCGGUUCUGAGGAGUUUGCAAUCUUGGGCGUUUUUAUUGGAUAAUUACACGCCGCCGCCAGUCGAAAAAUUGGUUUUCGAUUUUAUGUUGUUGAUGGCGGUAUCGAGGCAAUGGGUAGUUUUUAGGAUCGAAAGACGAUACGCCGGACAAAAUUAUGCCGGCGGAUCUAACGAGAGUAUAAUUAGUCAAGCGGAACAAAAAGAUUUCGUUAAUCCGGUACCGGAUUAUAUUACUUUUGUUAGAUCAUAUUUGGACAUAUUGAAAAAAGCGGUGUUGCAAAGUUUCCUUUGGAUAACGUUGGCGGUUGUAUUUUGGGCGGGAACUUCGCGCGUCAACGUAUUCUCCUUGGGAUAUUUAUUGUGCGCAUUCGUUUUCUUAUGGCACGGAUCCGAUUUCUACCUGAGACCCAUUCCGAAAAUUCUACGAUAUUGGCAGUUCCUCCUGGGCUACAACGUAACGGUCAUCUUCAUCAAAUGCUCCCUCCAAAUAUUGGGCUGCAUAUACCCCCAUUACAUCCCAUCGGUUUGUUGUUGGUUGAUUCAAAUGUUCGCCAUAACUUGCGUUAGAAAUUUCGUGGGGACGGCGUCCAGGGCGCUGCCGCCGACGUCGAGCGACGACGGCCAAGAUUGCGCCAUCUCCGAAGGCGGCAUAUCCUGGGACGUCAUCUGCUUCACCUUGCUGAUAUUGCAGAAGAGAAUAUUCAACAGCUACAAUUUCUUCCACAUCAUAGACGAUACCAAGGCGACGGCCAUUCUGGCUUCCAGAGGCGCGGAACUUAUGGAGGAGAUGCGACAACAAACGAUGAAAGAACAAGAAGAAACCGAGAAGAAGGUUUUGGAAAAGAUUAGGGAAAAGAUGGAGAGGAUUAAGGCGAACCAACAAAAAAUUCAAGGUGACAGAAUGUUAACCACAAAUCAUUAUGUCGAUUCUGUAAGUCAUGGUAGGCCAAAAUAUGCGAUCAAACCGCCAGUGACGUAUAAGCAGGCCAUAAGAUCGGGUGAUUAUUAUAUGUUUGACGAAGUGGAAGAUGAUGAAAUUGACAUAUUACCAGAAGAAAAAGAGUCCUUCGAUGAAUUUGACGUAGGAUUGAAACCGUAUUUGGGAGAGCUUUUAAGUGACGUUGUUAAAGAGGAUAUCAAUAAAGCGUUGAAGAAUCGAUCGCAAACCAUGCUGGAGACACGUGAAAAUAUUAGAUUGCAGAGACAAACUUCAAUGCCUGCCGCUAGACGAACCACUCGUCCCCAAUUGACUACCACGUUCUCUGCCCCUCCCACUAUUGCAGAAAAUGAGCCGAAGAGUGUUAGAAUUCAAGACGAACCUCUACCUAGUACAAGUCAAGAACGAGACGAUGAUAUUAGCUCUUUAACUGAACCUCAAGUCACGAUAGGACAAAAAAUAUUCCAAAUAUUCUAUUUGUUAUGGGCCUUCAUUGACGGUAUCAUGGUUACUUUAACCAAAUUUUUGAAUAAGUAUUCAAGAAAUUAUAGGAUCAUCUUGAAAGUUUUGGCAAAAGAAAAGAGGAUACUUAAGGAAAGGACCAACUACAACAUCGGCGUUCGUAUGGGAAAAGAUCAAAUUUGGCAACCGGCCGGUUCUUAUCACAGCCUCCUUAGAAAUUCGAGAGAAGGAUCAUUAGUGCUGUCCCAAUCUACGCCGGCAUUAUUUAGUCCUGCGGAUUCUUUUCGAAUGUCGAGUUUUAGAAGGCAGGACUCGAUCCAUGGUGAUAGUGAUGACGAUAAACCUCCUUUAAGCGAAGACAGCGAUACAAAAGCAUUGGCGCCAUCUUUACCGUGUUCACCAGAACCGGAUAGGCGCAAGGCCAGCGUUUUGACGGUUCCCGAAAUUCGAAUUCUGGCGGCAAGUUUGGAACGUGGAUUAGAUUCGCCAUGUCCGUCGUCAAGGAAAUCCGAAGAAGACGCUCAAAUGAGUCCGUACGUAGAUUACGGCGACGAAAUGUCUUCGGUCGAUCAACCGACUAUAGUCAGAUUAUUAUUAGCGUCCUGGUACCUCAUAAUGAGCCGAUCGGAAAUAGUCUGUUAUUUCGUCAUAUUUUUAAAUCAACUUCGAAAUUCUAACCUAAUUUCGCUUCCGUUGCCGCUGAUGGUGUUCUUUUGGGGAUCUCUGACCAUACCGAGACCGUCGAAAACCUUCUGGGUCACCAUCAUAGCGUACACGGAAGUUGUGGUAUUGUUGAAAGUCGUUUUCCAAUUCCACGUCAUGCCCGGCAAUAGGAUGAGACAACAAACGGAAUUUUUGACUUCGGCCUCCGAACGGAACCCCUUUUACCCCCCCACUUUGAUCGGCCUACACAGGAACAAGGAUAUCGAAGCUUUUUGGGAUCUGCUGUUAUUGUUAGUCGUAUUUUUCCACAGAGUUUUAUUGAAAUCCAUGGGUAUAUGGAGUUCAACAACUCCGGUUACAGCUGCCCUUAUAGACGACGGUGAAUAUAAAGUUAUUGGAGAACAAUUAAUACCAGUUCGACGUCAAGACGAUGACGAUGAUACCGACGACAGUCAACCGUCCACGUCGACACCGAGAACGCAUUCGAGCAAAAAAAAAUCGAUAACCGAUCAAGACGACGCCGAUGUUGUCGUUAUAAGAACAAUGAAAUUGAAAAAAUUGAAUAACGCCGUUAUGGCAGUUCGUUUGGGCAUAUACAAGUAUGCCGAGGAAUUCAAAUUGUUUAUUCAGCAACUACUCGAUCCGGCGUCUAGAGUAACCGCCGAUGUCUAUUCAUUCAUGUUUCUGUGUGAUUUUAUAAAUUUUUUCGUUAUACUUUUUGGUUUUAGCGCCUUCGGGACUCAACAAGAUGGAAGCGUUUCCGAUUAUUUACAAGACAACCGAGUACCGCCGUUAUUUCUCUUCAUGUUGAUAUUCCAAUUUAUGUUGAUCAUCAUAGACAGGGGUAUUUAUCUGAGGAAAAAUAUACUCGCCAAAAUUAUUUUCCAAUUCGUCCAGAUAAUCUUAUUGCACAUUUGGUUGUUCAUAUUGUUUCCGGUAGUUACCAAAACUUCUUGUAAUACGUUGAUACCGCCCCAAAUCUACUAUAUAGCCAAAUGCAGUUACUUGUUGUUGUCGGCGUAUCAGAUUCGAUGCGGAUAUCCGACGAGAAUUUUGGGUAACUUCUUGUGCAAAGGAUACGGAUACGUUAACAUGUUCCUGUUCAAAGGAUUCAUGUUGAUACCGUUCCUGUUCGAAUUGAGGACUUGCAUGGACUGGAUGUGGACCGAAACCUCGAUGGCCAUAUUCGAUUGGAUCAAAUUGGAAGACAUUUUCCAACAUAUUUUCCUAUUAAAAUGUUCGAGGAAUGUCGAAGACGAGUAUCCCCAACCCAGAGCUCAAGAGAAGAAUCGAACCGUCAAAUAUUUGAUGGGGGGCGCUCUAUUGACCGUCAUUAUCGGUAUCAUAUGGUUCCCGUUGGUAUUUUUUUCGUUGGGCGACGCCGUUGGUAAUCCGAAUCCACCGUCUGACGUUUCGUUGGAAAUUCGAAUCGGACCAUACGAACCUAUUUACCAAAUGACCGUCCAAUCGAAUUCAAUUUUUCAGUUCACUCCACAAGAACUUGAAGACAUUAAAGCUCUUUAUAAUGCCUAUCAAGUAUCAGAAAAUUUCAUUUUUAACUACGAAGCGGCCGAUAUUACCGCCAUUAGACUGAAUACUGAUUCUUCCAAUAUAUGGAGUAUAUCGCCUCCUGACAGGAAACGGAUGAUUAAAGAAGUCAAUUCCACCAAGCUUCUUAAAAUUAGAUUAGAAUAUAAAAUUACGCAUAGGACAAGUAAAGCUGAAGAUUCGGGAUUGGUAACGUUUUCAAAAGAAAUAACUAUGGAACCGAGCACAAAUACGAGUAUAAAUGAAGAUAGAGAAAAUCUAUUGAAAUAUCUGGAUGGUAAAGAAGCCGAACCUGUACGUUUUACAUAUAUAUUACCAAAAUUCGUGAAAGUAACGAAUAGAGGAACAGUGGAUCCUAUUAGCGUCCUCCUAUUGGACAAACCAGACGUUGAAGCUACAACCUUUAGAAACGUAACCAUUAAACUUUUACGCGAAAACAGUUCGGGUUACGAACAAGCAUGGUGGAAAGUGAACGAAAUUUGUAACGAUUACAAUUACGAGCACAUCCUUAUGAAAGUUCCUUAUCACGAUUGUAAGGAUUCCAUCCUUUUGUACGCCUUCAACGAUAAAGUUUUCCCGCCAACGUUGGACAUAAUCACCUCCGGAGGUAUCAUAGGUCUGUAUACGACACUUGUACUAGUGGCAUCACGUAUCCUUCGAGGUUUCUUCGCCGACGGUAUGUCGAAGAUAAUGUUCGAAGAUUUACCUAACGUCGAUCGCGUUCUCAGAUUAUGUCUCGAUAUCUAUCUAGUUCGGGAAGUACACGAAUUCGCUCUCGAAGAAGAUCUAUUCGCUAAAUUGGUAUUCCUGUUCAGAUCUCCGGAGACGCUUAUCAAAUGGUCGAGACCUAAGGAGGAAGUCGCAGACGAAGACGACCCCGAAGGGGACGGGGAAUAAAUUAAACUGAAAUCGGUUCUGGAAUAAGGGAAUGUCUCGUGAUACGCACCAAUCGUUGCAUAUAUACAGAACGGGUUUAUAAUCGUAUUAACGUCGGGAUGAUGUUCUGAUCGAGUUUGUCCGUUCCUGUUGGUUAUUCGUCGAAUUACCCGCAUCUUCCUUUUUAUACUUUUUCGUUUUAAUCUGGUCGAACAAUUUCCGUCUACUUACUCUUUAGUUAUUGCUAAAGUAUCUUUGGUUGUAUAUCCUACUAAUCAAGUACUUCUGAUGCAUUUCAGGUCAUAUAUCUUUCUACUAAUAAGAUUUUUAUUUGCAUAUUCAACUGUUGUCGCGUUUUUGGUGCAUAUACUACUAUCGAAGUACUUCUGGUUGCAUAUCCUAUUGCUAACGUAUUUUAAGUUGCAUACUCAACUGAUGUUGUGUUUUUGGUUGCAUAUCUUACCAUUAAAGUAAAGUAUUUCUGGUUGCAUAUCCUACCGUUGGUGUAUUUUAAGUUGCAUACUCAACUGAUGUUGUGUUUUUGGUUGCAUAUCUUACCAUUAAAGUAAAGUAUUUCUGGUUGCAUAUCCUACCGUUGGUGUAUUUUAAGUUGCAUACUCAACUGAUGUUGUGUUUUUGGUUGCCUAUCUUACCAUUAAAGUAAAGUAUUUCUGGUUGCAUAUCCUACCGUUGGUGUAUUUUAAGUUGCAUACCUUUCUGUUAAUAAGAGAUUUAAUUUCGUACAUACAAAUUUUCAAUCGCAAAUUUUCCCGUCGAAGGUUUUUUCAAAAAGUUAUUGAGAUUUUAGAUUGUUGAAAUAACUAUUUAAUGACGGUGUAAAAAAAAGUACCAUUAGUAUGGUAAAUUUUUUCUGAUAUUUGGGCGGGAGAAUUUGCGAUUGAAAAUUAGAGUGUGUUUUUUCGAUAUUGAAUCAAAAUAAGUUUAAAAAAAAUGAAUAUUACAAAUGAAAUAGAUUACAGUGUAUUUUGUGCUUGAAAAAGUACGUUUUCGUGAAUAGAAAGUUUUUUGUUUUUUAAUUUUUCACAUAAAUUUUGAGGUUAUGUUAAAAAAGUGUAAACACAAAAGUUAUAGAUCUUUUUUUUACCUUCAACUUUGUCAUAUGACUUUUUUCCAUAAGACCCAUAGUUUUGCCGGAAAUCAAUACAAACCAUUUUUUACCCUUUUCCUUCCCGAUCUAAAACUGCCUGUAAAUGAAUAUAUUUUUAUUAAAUCCCCCUCCUUUUCCAAUAUAUUUCUUCCUACUGUAAUUUUUUUUGGAUUUCAAAAACUAUAUAUACCUGGUUAAAACAGCGUUGCCAAACUUUUCCUACCAACUUUCUUAUAAAAACCAAAAUCUCUACGUCCUUCAACGGAGCAUUCCACCAAACAAUAAUUAAUAGAAUAAAAUAUUUUUUCCAAAAACGACAGUAGCGUUUCGCAUAUUUUAAACAAUAAUUAUUAAUAUUGAAGAAAAUCUCUCAAAUCUGGCAACACCGAUUGCGUGUAAGUCACCUUUAAAAGAUAGAGGGAGGAAAGAACUUUAAUUGUGUUAUUUCGUAACGGUUUCUUCUGUAUCGCGAUUUGCCUUUUGAUAUCCGUUGAUUAUACAGAGUGUACCAAAAUAUAAAUAUCGUCGUUGAAUUUUUAUCUAAUCGGUGAUUUUAAAAUAAAAAUGUUUUUGCUAACAGAAUAUUUUAAUUGUUUGUUGUUGUAUGAUGUCUAUUGAUUAUUGUUGUUGUUUUUUUCUGUUUAAUAUAGGAAUUAUUCGAGUCUUGAAUUGUACACUAUUUAUUUGUUUUUCAUUUGUGUCGAAUAAAUGCACAUACUUUUUGAAAAUAAAUUUAUAAUAUUAUUA